CGUCAAGUAGUUGUAUCGCAACGAAAUCCAGUCAAAGUCAAACAGUUCGACGCUGUCGCCGUGAGCAGACGUUUUAACGCGCUUUCAGUUCCCGCCAAGUGUCUUUUCAGUGUUCAAAACCGCAACUUUGCUAGACUUGCAAAAGUUUCAUUGAGCAAAGAAAAAGAAAAUAAGUACGAAAACAAAACCAACAGCGUAAACACAAAAAUUUAGAAUGGCUGGCGUAUCGGAAAAUCUCAUGUCCAAAGUGGCCGAAGUUUUACCUUCCAGCGGACGUAAAGUCAGCAUUGUCGGCAUCGGCCAAGUCGGCAUGGCUUGCGCUUUCAGUAUUCUCGCACAAAAUGUGUCCAACGAAAUUUGCCUUGUCGAUGUGUGCAAGGAUAAGGUGCAAGGUGAAAUGAUGGACUUGCAACAUGGCUCGAAUUUCCUUAAGAAUCCCAAAAUCACCGCCAGCACCGAUUACGAAGCAACUGCUGGCUCACGUCUGUGCAUCGUCACCGCCGGCGUACGUCAAAAGGAGGGUGAAUCCCGUUUGUCGUUGGUGCAACGCAACACUGACAUUCUGAAGCACAUCAUUCCUAAGCUGGUGCAAUACUCACCCGACACCAUUUUGUUGAUGGUCUCCAAUCCAGUUGAUAUUAUGACUUAUGUCGCUUGGAAGCUAUCUGGUUUGCCAAAGAAUCGUGUCAUUGGCAGCGGUACCAAUUUGGACUCGUCACGUUUCCGUUUCUUGAUGUCACAACGUUUAGAUGUGGCGCCCACCUCUUGCCACGGCUGGAUUAUCGGUGAGCAUGGCGAUAGUUCAGUGCCCGUAUGGUCCGGUGUGAAUAUUGCCGGCGUACGUUUGCGUGAAUUGAAUCCCAACAUUGGCACCACCGAAGAUCCAGAAAACUGGGAGGAUGUACACAAGAAGGUCGUCGAUUCCGCCUACGAAGUGAUCAAGUUGAAGGGUUACACUUCAUGGGCUAUUGGCUUGAGCACCGCUUCGCUCGCCUCGGCAAUUUUGAACAACACCAGCAACAUUGUUGCCGUCUCAACCUGUGUACUGGGACAACACGGUAUUGACAAGAAUGUAUUUUUGUCGUUGCCCUGUGUGUUGAAUGCCAAUGGCAUCACCUCAAUCGUCAAGCAGAUUCUGACAACCACCGAAGUAGAACAAUUGCAGAAAUCCGCCAACAUUAUGGAUCAAGUACAGGCUGGCAUUAAGUUCUAAAGUGUCUGUAUUGAUCAAAAUGCGUAUGGACACUAGCUAGAAGCUAUAUGAGAUAAGGAGAUGUUAUAUGUAAAAUAAGUGUUUGUCUUGCAGAACUUACCAUAGUAUUUAUUGACUUAAUUUAAAUGUUUGAACAGAAAAUCUCCGCGCUUAACUUUAAUAGCCAAAAGCAAUUUGUGUUAAUUUAGGUCAUACUUACAUAUUUGUAUGUGAUUAAUUUAUGCGUUUAUUUUUACGUUUUUAUUUUAAAUGUUCCUAGUCUAAAAAUACAACAACUCAAAAAUAAA